UCCCUCUUUUGCAGCAUGAACGGGAAUUGUACCAGCAGCAGAUGAGAUAUCUGGAAAAGAAGAAUGAAAUGCAUGCAGCUGAGAUGAGAAAUCAUGGGGAAAACAGUCAACAAUUGGAAGUGGAGAGGGAAGGCAUGCAGGAAGAGUUAGAGCAUGGGACUGCUGCUUUGAAGAAAUGGAUAGACAGUGCUCAAGUCCUGAGGGCUGCACUGAACAAGAGUGAGAUGUCCAAAGGGACUCUGAAGAAACAUUUGGACAUCCUGAAGGAAAAGACUUGUAUCCAGCCGGCUUUUGAAGCACAAGUGAAGCAGCUGUUCUGUAUGUCAGACGCCAGCCUGGAAUCUGAGCAACCGGCUGCAUCACCAGAAAAGGAGAAGACAGAGUGGCCUGAAUGGAGCACUGAGCCCAGGAGAACUGGCGAGCAGCCAGCUGCUGGAGCAGAAGGGGAGCAGCUGUCAGAGCACCCCAGGAAGGCCAUGGAGUGUGUGCAGGACGUGGUUGCAACAUCAGAAGACAAGGCAGAGAAGCAUGAAGCAACCACUGACCCCAGGAGGACUUAUGAGGUGGAACCUGAAGGAAGUAGCAUCAAGAGAAUAUUUAGGAGUGUGCACAUCUCGGAUACGAUUAGAUUGGAUGUGCCCCAGUCUGCCCAGCACAGUAUGUCAACUUCUGCAGAGGCUUCUCAGGAGCAAGAGUCGUUGAGCCGGGCUCUGGAGCAGCUGCACCAGGAAUCCUCUGGCCAAGGGCACGCACUGGCCCAGGUGUGCAGAGAGAAGGAGCUGCUGGGCCAGGAGAAGGCUGCCCUUGAGGGCCAAUUGGCAGCCAUGGAGCAGCAGCAACAUGACCUAUGCAAGGAGCUGGCAGAGACCAGGUCAGCAAAGGAGAGCCUGGAAUCCAGCCUGUUUGCUGCUCAGCAGCAGGUAUCUCAGCUGGAGAUCACCAGGAACCAUCUGGAGGCUCAAAUGCUCACAGUCAUGCAGGCCAAGGAGGUGAUACAAGGAGAAGUGAAGUGCCUGCAACGUGAGCUGGAAGCAGAGAGAGCUCUCAGGAGGCAGGAACAGGAAGGCACAGCUCAGCAGCUCUUGCAGGCAGAGCAGCAGCAUCAAGAAAGCCUCAGGCUGCAGAGAACUGCUCAGCAACUGGAACUAAACAAGCUCUUGCAAGACCUGGCAAGUGAGCGUGAAAGGCACCAUGCAGAGAUGCAGGAGCAAUGGGAAAAAGAGAAGGCAGAGAGAGAGCAAGAGCACCAGAAGAUUCUGUCUGAGAUGAGGCAGAAAUUUGCCACUUUGGAGGCCCAACAAGAAGCAGAACAAACAAGAUUUGAAAAUGCCAAGCGAGAGGUGCUGCUGGAAGAGCAGAAUGAGAGGAGUGCUUUAUCAGAGGCACUGCUCCAGACUCGGGGAGAGCUCAGCCAAGCCUGCCAGCAGAUCCAGCAGCUCAGGCAGGAGUUGAAAGAGCAGCAAGAGAAGGAGCAGACCAUCAAGGCAGAGCUGCAAGCUGAGCUGCAGGAAGCUCGGAGUGAAAUCCAGGCAGCGCAGAGGAGGCACAAGGAAGAGCUGCAAGGCGUCAGGGAGGAAAUGAAUCUCCUCCUUGAGCAGAGGGACGCUGUACAAAAGCAGGUGGGAGAGUUGACAUCUCAGCUGGCAGCCUCCCAAGAGUCCCAGGAAGCGAUUGUCCAGAGAGCACAGAAGGAUGUGAGCUGGGCACAGGAUCAGUCAAGGCAGAAGCUGUUGGAGGUUGAACACACCAAGAAGCAGCUGGAAGAGGCAGAACAUCAGAACAAGGAGCUGCAAGUGCACCUGCAGAACCUGGAGAGGGAAUGGAGUCAAUGGAAAGAAGUGGCUCAGCAAAAUUCAGAAUUGCAGGCUUCUGUGAAUGUCCUAGAGAGGGAAAAAGCCAGGCUGAUUCUGUCUCUGGAGGAAAAGAACCUGUGCCUCAGGACGCUGGAAGAAAAGAACCUGGAACUGAACAAUCAGGUGUCUCAGUUUCAUUCUGCUCUUCAGGAGAAUGAGCGACUCCGUUCCAAGCACGGAAGAGAACUGCAGGAGCUCAACAGCCAGAUCCAGGCCCUGCAGGACACAGCGCUGGAGAUGGAGGCUGCCCAGGCCACUCGAGAGAAGGAGCUGCUGCAGGAGCUGGAGGAGUCCCGAGCAGGAGAACGGUGCUUGAAGGCCUCUGUGCAUGCGCUGGAGACUGAAGUGUCCCAGCUGCAUGUGAGUCUCCAGAGAUGUGAUGACAAAGUUCUUGCCUUGGACAGACAAUGUAACACCUCAGAGCUGGAGCUGAGGAAGGCAAAGGCUCAGAUGGACAAACUCAGAACCCACAAUCAGGAGCUGCAGAAGAAGUUGGAGGAAAGUGAGCAAGAUUGGUGGAAGGAAGAACUCAAGCACGCCUCUCGAGAAAUUGCCCUGCAAAAAGAGGCCACUGAAAGGCAGGAAGAGGCUGAGAGUCUUCAUCAGGAGGUGGCAUCUCUGCAGAGGAAAUUGGAGAUCCUGGAGAAGCAGCAUGAACGGGAAUUGUACCAGCAGCAGAUGAGAUAUCUGGAAAAGAAGAAUGAAAUGCAUGCAGCUGAGAUGAGAAAUCAUGGGGAAAACAGUCAACAAUUGGAAGUGGAGAGGGAAGGCAUGCAGGAAGAGUUAGAGCAUGGGACUGCUGCUUUGAAGAAAUGGAUAGACAGUGCUCAAGUCCUGAGGGCUGCACUGAACAAGAGUGAGAUGUCCAAAGGGACUCUGAAGAAACAUUUGGACAUCCUGAAGGAAAAGACUUGUAUCCAGCCGGCUUUUGAAGCACAAGUGAAGCAGCUGUUCUGUAUGUCAGACGCCAGCCUGGAAUCUGAGCAACCGGCUGCAUCACCAGAAAAGGAGAAGACAGAGUGGCCUGAAUGGAGCACUGAGCCCAGGAGAACUGGCGAGCAGCCAGCUGCUGGAGCAGAAGGGGAGCAGCUGUCAGAGCACCCCAGGAAGGCCAUGGAGCGUGUGCGGGAUGUGGUUGCAACAUCAGAAGACAAGGCAGAGAAGCAUGAAGCAACCACUGACCCCAGGAGGACUUAUGAGGUGGAACCUGAAGGAAGUAGCAUCAAGAGAAUAUUUAGGAGUGUGCACAUCUCGGAUACGAUUAGAUUGGAUGUGCCCCAGUCUGCCCAGCACAGUAUGUCAACUUCUGCAGAGCCAGCUGCUGGAGCAGAAGGGGAGCAGCUGUCAGAGCACCCCAGGAAGGCCAUGGAGCGUGUGCGGGAUGUGGUUGCAACAUCAGAAGACAAGGCAGAGAAGCAUGAAGCAACCACUGACCCCAGGAGGACUUAUGAGGGACCUGAAGGGAGAAGAAUCAGAACUUUUCGGAGAGUGUUCCCCCCAGACUACUUUACACUGCCUGUCCAUGAGUCUGCCCAGCAAAAUACUUCUACUUCUGAAAGAGAGGAUUCCUCCAGCGGCUCAGGGGAGCAGCAGCAGCCCUCCUGCUGAUGCACAGCCUGUGGAGAAAUGGGUGUCCCUGCUGCAGUCACAGCUGGCCCGAGACCGACAGGACAACCUGGAGAUCUGCGCAGUGAGCAGGCUGGAGACACUCCCACUGCGUCACAGGGUGCAGAAAGGACCACCUUGCUUCCUAAACUUCUCAGAGAGGAGCCAGGGAGCAGCUGGAUGCAGUCUUAGACUUAAUCAAUAGUUGAUGUUUAUAGGAUAGUAUAGGUGUAAUUGAACCUUUAUACAGCUGUGUUCCAUAGGAUGUGGGAUAUAUUUAUAGACUAAUAAAGUGUUUAUUAUGAUCACAAUU